GCUACCAAGUUUUCAAUCCUCCUCCCUUGCUCCCAGGUCUGGGCACGCACGGGCUAACAGCUGACGCGACCGGUGCCCUCAUCUCCCUGCACGUCGCCAUGAAGAACGAGCUGCAGCGACACGUCGAGGUCUACAAGCAGGCGAUACAUAAGCUGGAAGAACUGUCACCGGUCACCAUAACCCAGGACCCAGCUUCAUCAUCCCACCAGCGACUGCUAGCCCUCUGCCAUGCUGACGUGGAGCGGCGGCUGAUAGACAACAAGUCUCUCCUCACGAUAGUGGACAAGCCCGCGCUGCGCCAGCUCCCGACGCUGGUGGCGUCGCUCGCGGCGCGCGUGGAGAGCGACAAGGCGGUGCUCGCCUGCAUCGGCCAGAUCAAGCGAAGUGAUCCCAGCCUGGAUUUGAGCGAUACGAGUUCUUCGGAUCCUGGCACGAUGGCUGGCACAACCCUCAGGCGGAAAAAGAGAAUGCACAUAGUCCAUCACGAAUACGACGAGGGGCCGGUGGCGGGCGUGCUGAUGAGCUACUCGCGCGGCUGCGCGGCGGUGCUGGGCCAGAUGUGCGAGGAGCAGACCGGCAGCACGGACCCCGCCACGCCGCGCUCACCCACCGACUCCGCCAGCGACGGGUACCACUCCGACAGCGAUGACUCGCACCAACAUCCCGACAGGAGUAAGUUGGUGUCGCAGUACGCGGCGGUGUGGGCGCGCGCCGCGGACGAGGUGCUGCCGGCGCUGGCGGCACUGGAGCCGCUCCGACACACACCGCAUCUCAAGUAUAAGAUCGUCUUCUCUGUGGUAGUUCUAGCAUUCCGCGCCGUCAUCAGUCUCCGUGACCGGCGCCUGAACGAGGUGAAGUCUCUCCUCGGGCUGGACCCGGAGACCAGCUCCAGCGACCCGCACGUGGCGCGCCUGCUGAGCGCCGCCACGCGGGUGCUGCACACCACCGCGCAUAACUUCCCACUCGGGGAAGCUGAGAGGACUGUCAUCAAUCAGGUGGUGAGCACGCUGCGCGAGUACCCGUGCCUGGCGUCGUGCGGCGCGCUGCACGCGCUCGCAGCAGCCGCUUGCCGCGCGGCCUGGGCGCUCAGCCUGCACUCCCCGCCCAUGAGGAUCGACACCGACUUCACACCUGUGGUAAUGAACCCAGAGAAGCACGUGCGCUUCUCUCCCGAGGGUCGCGACGGGAGAGACCGGCGCUCUGACCUCAUCAAGUCGUUUGUAUGGCCGGCGCUCAUGGACGGCGGCCGGUGUGUCUUCAGGGCAGUCGUGCUCACAUGAGGACCAACGGAUUACGGAUACUGCACGUAGUAGUAACAUAGAACGUAUAAGGUGACGUGAAACUGCUGAUGUAUACGGAGACAAGGGGGCAACCAGUACUAGAACAAAAAAACUGGAUGCCGUGAGAAAGAGGGGCAGCACCAGGCGUAACACGCCAUCCCUCUUACACAACUGCAAUUUUCGUGUCUUAAAAGUGGUAACAUCCAUAGUAGAUUACGGUAGAGGAAAGAGAGAUGGAGUAUUGUAUUAUGGGUAACGUCAUCGCACUUCUACUAUGAGAAUAAUAUUCUAGCUCGUAAUCGUGCUAGCAUACUUGUUACCGUUAUCAACAUACAAGAAUUUGAAUUGUAUAAAGCUAAAAAUACUAAUUAAAUUCUGUGAGAAGAAAAGUAAAUAAUGACAUUGUAUCGAAUUUACUGAUUCUAAACUAAAUUACAUUAGAAUUAAAAAUGUGGAAAUUCAAGGCAAACGAAUGCGCAAAUCAUAUUAAGCAAUUAAAGUAAUUUGAUACUUAUCCUAAUGGGCACAAAGUAUUUAUUUGAAGGUUAAUUGACGUGACUAAUUCACAAUGGUGAAUGAUGUAGAGUGCAGUGUAUAGAUAGCCAGUAUUUAUUAUUAAUGUAGCGUCUUGUUAUUUAUUGUGAAAACACAAGGCUAUUGAAAAAGGGCAAGUAACGAAGUAUGAAUUACCAUUUUUCCGAUUAUUUAUUGACAAAUAAACGUAAUAAUGGAUGAUUCAUAUGAUUCGUCAGACAAGUAUUGAAUGAUAAGAAACGAUUGUGAGUCAAUUCCUCUGGCUGAUGCGCUAUUGUUUUAAGUUUUCUUCAGCUAUCUUGGAGGAGUACUAUCAUGAUUGGAAGGGGCAGGAGUGAUGGCAUCAGGCCUUAUUUAUUUGUAAAUGUCAUCUAACAUUAGUAUAUCAUGAUUGAAAUCAGACUACGUCACCUGUGAGCUCUCCACGCUUUGAAAGCAGUAUCCUUGUAUGUUUAUAUGUAUUGAUGAAGUUCUGACGUUUAUGCUGUAUGUCACAUUGCGCGUCAUUUUUGUAUCUUUAGAACGAAUUUUCUCGAUCUAACUCUUGUACAAAUGUCUCUAAACUUUUAUAAGCCUAGUAUUAUCUAAUAAUAAAAUAGUUAUUAAUAAAUAUUUAUUAUGUAACAUUAACAUCGACCAAUAAAUAGUUUUAGAAAACCCAAGUUGUUUUUCUGUGCACGCUACAUGAGUCACGAACCUAUCAGCUUGAUAAGAUACGGAGACUGGUGCUUGAUAUAAAAUG